UCCAAUGUCGCUAAAUUGAAAAUUGGGGUCAGUCAGAGAACAGUUUCUAAUUGCACGGGCAUCGUUCAAGGUGGCCAAAAAUGAAGCUGCUGCGGAUCUGGGCAUAUUUUCUGCUAAUCUUGGUGUUCGACUGGGCUGGGAGUGGGUGUGCUGAGUAUGUGGUGAGCGUGGAUCGGUUUGUCUUCACUCCCAUAGAUCGGGAGUUGAUUCCUUCGCAGAGCGCCACCAUUGAGCAUGUUGGCAAUCGUAGCUACCUCUCUGGGCACUUGUAUUUGGGUAGAUCAGUAGACAACGUCAUUGCACUAGCCUCCUUGGAAAUAUCACGUCCAAAUUUGCCACGUGUUCGUCUCUUCAAUUCGAAAUUCGAUGUUUGCAGCUUUUUAAAGAACACCUACAAAAGCAAAUUUCUUCAGCAGUUCCACUACAGAUUCGUAAACUUCAUUAAUGUGCAACCGUCUUGUCCACUUAAGCCGCAUCUGAAUUAUACACUAGAACGCAGCUACAUAGAUGAACGCAUUCUGCCCGAGUUGCUGCCCGAGUGCAGCUACUUCUUCAACGUGGAGUUUCGAGAAAAGACCAAGCCACUAGCCAAUUUGCAUAUUUCUGGCCAAUUACAUCCAGUUCUUAACAAGAAAAGGGGACCAAAGAAUCGCGUCAAAAUAUAAAAUUGAUCUAUAUAAUUAAAAAAAACUAAUACAAAAUAUCUUGCUUUAAAUGCGAAUAUGUAAGCUUGGACAAUAAAUAAUCAGAUUACUUUAAAGAGGGAUUCUAGCCAAUGUUUUUCUAUUC